AUGCCUGGUGGAAGACACCAAGGAAGAAGCGGCCGAGGAGGCCAUGGCAGAAGAUCUAUCCAGCAGACCGGUCGAGGGUCUCAAGGAAAGAAGACCGAACGAAAGAAGCAGUACCAUCCUCACAAUCCUGAAUAUACUCAUGGUCAGGUGACAGUGUACUUGCUUGAAGCUAUUGCACUUAAGGGUUUGGAUUACGCUCAAGACGCAAUCGCGAGUGUACAAAAUAUGGCCCAUGUGGACUUUGAUGCUCUAAGAGGGAGCCAAACGGUCUCCAAACCGGAAAAGAACGAUACUGAGUUCCACAAGAACUCAAGACAAGCUCAACUUGAUAGGAACUGGGAAAAUCUUAAUAAUAAGAUUGACAAAAGGGAAGUGAUCUACAACACAAAUAAAUAUACUGUUGCUGCAAUCAUCACCAAGCAUUUCAUCACAUCGGCAAUGAGAGACAAAUUGAGCAAUGAAACUGAUUGGAUAGACCUCCAAGAAGACCACGUGAAGUUGUUGAAGCGUAUGCAGACGUUCAUGACUGUCACGGAUGAGACCAAGUGGCAACACUUUGGACUCAUGGAAUCUCUCAAGAGAUUCACGAACUUCACUCAGAAGCAUAUAUAUAUAACUGAUGCAUUAAUCGUAUUUUAA